AGUUCACCCUGAUCAUGGUUCGAUAUUGAAAAGAGUAACCAGGAGAGCAUUUCAAGAAACAAUAAAGUCAGUGAUUUCCAUUGACAAGUGUUAUAAGCUACUGAAAAUCCUUGCAUCUGAUUGGCUUAGAGCAAAUUUGUCCAGUGAAAAACCAUUGACACGAUGCCUUCAUGAAACGUUCCCCCGCUAAAUAACAACAAACUAAAAUAGCAAUAAAAUGAUUCAACCAGGUAAUACCUGGAAAAGCCUGACACGGUUUGGUACGAGGGUGGUUCUCGUCAGGGAGUGAAAGUGUAUAAAUACAGUGAGCUAUAACAGAAUUUAAUCAGGUUUGGAGCUGAUCCUGUCAUCCUGAGAAGCUAUCAAUACACGGAAAGAAUUCAAAAUUGCGGGACUGGAGUGACACCCCCAAUACGCCAACAUGGAGUUGAAAGCAACUGUGAUCCUUGCUAUCCUGGCUGCACUUGCUAUGUCAGCUAAUGCACGAAGAGGUGAUCGUGGAGGUAUGGGGCCAGGGAGAGAGAGGGGAGAGGGUCGUUUCGGAGGAAGACCUGACGGAGUGCCAAUGGGAGGGCCAAGGCGAGGAGGUGGUGGAAUGAUGGAUGGAAGGAGGUUUGAUGGCCCCGGGUUGGGGCUUGGUGCCCCUCAGAGGGACCAACGAAGACAAUUUGGUGGUCCGAUGGUUGGUGGAAGAAGAUCUGACGGUCCUUUCCGUGGCUCCAGACCUGAAGGAGUUGGAAGACCUUUCUUCGGUCAAGACGGAACCAGACGUGAUGGUGGAGAAGAAGAAACCGCAGAUGCCUCCAAAGAGUCUAAAUCAAUCUUUGAUCGUUUUGGACUCGGUCCGCUUUUUAGAGGACAAUCACGAGAUCGGGGUCGUCUUCAGGAUCAAGGAGGUCAGCAUAACGACAACAGCGAAGAGGAUGGAGGUCAUCGUCACCAUCACCAUCGCUACCACCCCCACCAUCAUCACCACCGUCAUAAUCAUACUGAAGGCCAACGCCCUCACAACAAGACGGGAAAUUACCCACAUCGUCAUCACAACAAGACCGGAGACGGGGAUUGGGACGGACCAAGAUUCCAGAUGAGGCCUUUCCGGUUCUUCAAAAACUGGCCAUUUGGAAGACACAACCGAACCGAGGAAGGAUCUCACGGACAUGAUGGCCGCCGCCAUCCCUUUGGCAAGUUCCCAGGACGCUGGGGAUCACAUGAAAGCGAGGAAGAAGAGGAGGAGCAGCAGCAGCAGCAGGAGUCAACAACUAGGGAAAAUGCAACCCCAUCUUCCCCAUCGGACGUGAUAACACCAUCCUCCCAACCGGAAGUGAUUGAGAUUGCAAUCAAUGACAAUGAAAUAGAUACUAAUGUCAUCGGACAACUGUAAAUUGUGUUUUAAAAAUGACUGAUACUGUAAAAAUGAAGUCUUCUAUAUCUUUCCUCUAGUAUUGACUGAUAAAAAUUCCUGACGAUGUUUCAUCGAUACUCAGGCAUCCAUAUAUUUUUUAAUCACAAAGAGAUAAGAAAAUUGAAUGAAGAUACAACACGUUUCAUCAUGAAUUUGACCUUUAUCGUUAUUGAAAGACUUGUAAAAUAAACAUGAUAAAUAUUAUACCAAA